AUGGAACCAUAUCAGCAUGAAGAUGUUCCGAAAGCAGUGGGGCAAUACCUCCGUGGAGAUAUUCUGAGAGCAGUGGGAGCACCUGAUCAGCUAAAACACCCUCCACAACAGUCUCUACAACCAAGACCUGAACACUGGCCAUCUUCAGAACGGAAAGCCAAAGUAGAGUUACAGUCAGUGGGAGGACAGCCCCUCAACAUACAGCCAGCUGAUGUGGAAAAAGUCCGAAUACAGCUAGACAGCCUGUCCAUUGGAUCAGCUUCUGGAAGGCAUACAACACCUCCAAGGAGUCAUCCAAUGCCUCCGAGGAGUGAUUCAACACCUUCAGGAGUGAGUGGGGCAACAAAUACACAAAUACAUCUACUCCCUGGAGUACCUGCACAAGUUCCUAAAAGAGCAGUCAUGAUUCCAUUUCCACAUCAACGUACAGAGCUUACAUUUGAGCAGGGAUACAGCAAGUUAUAA